AUGAGCGGCGGCUGCAGUGAUGUCUUGUUGUGGUCGGUGUUUAGUUGUUUGCUGCUGCUGUCUGAAGAUCCGCUCUUCUUCUCGCAGUGUCACGCCGUCUACGGUGUGGAGCCACUGGUUCGCUCUCUGAAAGAGACUCUGGGAAAAUCCAACACUGAGGUGCAGAUAAAAGGACUGGAGCUGCUGACGGCUAUAUUGGACAGGCAGCCUGCAGCGGUGCGUCUCUUCCCGACCGGCUCUGAGUUUUCUGCCGUGUGUGAUGUCAUCGUGGAGGGCGUGGCCUCAUCCUGUCUGCAGGUGUCCAUGUGUGCGGUGCGAGCCGCUGCUGUCCUGCUCAGGCCCAAUCAUCAGUCCAGUCCGGUUCAGCUCGCAGAUGUCAGGAGGAUCGUGGAAGUCGUGAUGUCCAAAUUCACAGAGCACCAUCACACACGCAGCAGAGAGAGCUGCUCUGGUUCAAAGUCAGUGACAGCAGGAGUUUUAGUGCAGACGCUCACAUGCUUCGACGCCGCCUGCAGGUUGGUGGAGGCGUGUGUGUGUGACUCGACACUGAAGGACGGUGUGUGUUCAGCGCAGGAGACGCUGGAGUCUGUGUGUGUGUUUCUGCUGCACUGCUGCGACGCUGCCUGCAUCCCUGCAGUUACUGGUGUGUGUGAGCACGUCUCAUCUCCUCAGGUGCUGCAGCUCUUCCUCUCGGUUUUGUCGUGCCAGUUUUCUCUGUGUCCUGAUCACAUGACCUCCUUCUCCAAGAAGCUUGUCUUCAUGUGUGAUUGGUGUAGUUUAGUCUCAUGA